AUGCAUCUCCUAACUGUUCUGGGGACGCUUCUGGUCUCACAACAACAACUCGCCCUUCGACAAAUACUACCACCGCUGCCCACAUUCCACCACUGGCAGCGCAAAAACCAAAGAUUUGUGCAGAGAGAAUUAAGCGUGACACAGACAGGUCCUUGGAAAGAUUGGCCCCAAUCACUUACUCUCCUGAAGGUAAACCCAGAAUUGCCAUCCCGGACUCGUGUUUCAGGAAGGCGCCGAUCUCCACAAAGACUUUAUUUUCUGCAGAUUCAAAGGCAGGCCACCUUCAUACACUCACAUACACAAUGUCUUAAGUCACCUAUGGGACAAGGGACAGAGAUUAGAAAUCCACCUUAA